UGCAUUGUGUGCUCAGCUUCACCGCCUCGGAGAAGUUAGGGUUAAGUACGAGUCUUAAGAUAUUACAGAGUCUAUCAUUUGCUGCCAAGCGGCCAGUGGUAAAAGCUAUGGCUACCGUUAGCGAGCUAGCGUUAGCUCAAUGUGAAGUAUGCCUUGAGCGGACAUGAGAUACUGGAUGGAUUACUCCAGCAAUGUGAGUGCUGAAGUUUGAGGAUCUGCCGAUCUCCGCGCAUCGUUGGAGACUGAGUUAGCAGAAAUGUUAUGUGGGAUCAGUACUUCGACUGAUGGAGAUAAAGUUCAUCCCUUACAGAGCUGCUGUGCCAAACUUAAUUUGUAACGAUGGAUAAUAAAGAGGUGUUGACAGAGCUGGACAAGAUUUCUAGGCGGCUCCAGGAGGAUGGCUUGUCACCAGGGGCCAGUGCAGAAGAGAAGCAGGGCCACCUUUGGCAGCAGCUUCUCAACAGUGAGGCGAAGCUUCAUGCAGCUACCCAAGAGGUGCAGACCCUACGUGUGCAGCAAGCCAAUGAGAUGAAGGAGCUGGAGAGCUAUGUUGCACAUAUUCGUGGGCUGUUAGAAGAGCGAGAGGGCCUGGCUGCAGAAUAUGAAAGACACAAUGAACAGCUGCAGCACGAACUUCACCAGAUUCAACACCAGCUGGAGAGUCAGAGCAAGGAGUUGGCAGAGAUGCUGGCUCAGGAGGACCUGGUGGAGAUGGGCUUGACCAGCCCCAGUGAGAUAGUGGCUUAUUUACUGGUGGAGAGGGCCACACUGCUGGAAAGGUUGGAGGCUGCUGAGAGGAGACUGGAAAGUCAGAGUCUCAGUGUUAACUUGAAGGAAGUGGACCACCAGGAGUUUAUUUGCCACAUGAGGGGGGAUGACCUGAGACAGCAAAAGGAGGAUCUCCAGAAGACCUUAAAUAACGCAAAGUGCUCAUCCCAGAGUCCGUGGAAGAAGCUGUUUGGCCUUCGCAGGUCUGGUCAGAGCAAGCACAGUAUUAACCCUGCUCACAGUGAGGAGAUUUCCCAAGAGCGAAAUGAGCGUCAGCGACUGGAACGGGACUUGGAAGAAGCAUCCCGGAGGCUGGCGAUGGCUCAUCAGGAUAUCCGCAGACUCACUAAUGAACUGGAUGCUGCCAAAAACAACAACCCAGACCCAAGCGGAUCUGAGCUUCAGGGAACCGUCCAAGAAGUAGAGAACCUGAGGAAGGAAGUGCAAAAUCUCAAACACUCUGAUGUGAUGAAGUUGCAGCAGGCUAAAGAGCAAAAUGACAAACUAGAUGCUGAGAACAGAGCUCUGAGGGACAGAGUGCGUAUUUUGGAGUCAGAAAAGAAAAAUCUCCUUGACCAGAAUGAUGCAGCCAAAGAAGAUAAAAAAGAUAAAAAUGUUUGCAGUGACCAACAAAACAAUCUGUCUGCUUUAUCAGCUCAAGAAAAAGAUCACAUUCACAAACGGUGUCAAGAGGCUGUGGAAGACGGGCUUGUGCAGGUGAAAGAGCUGCAGCGACAACUGCAGAGGCUACGAAAGGAACAUGAAGAGCUGGAGGAGAGGAACGAGGAGCUGGAGGCCUUGCUGGGGGAAGCCCAGAAUGCUAGCAAAGAGGAGAGGCAUCGCCAUGAGGGAGAACUGGAGGGCCUGCGAAGAAGGAUCACAAACCUGGAGGCAGAGAUAAAGAAGCAGAAAACCCAAGAGAAAAUGUUGCAGAUUGGAGAAGAGGUCAAAACCACCGAGUCCUACUUAAAGUUGCACCUAAAGAACGGUGGUCAAGAGAGCCUGGCUAUGCUUGAGGCUCGUCUGACUGAGGAAAAAGACUGGAGGAAACAGCUGGAGUUGGACCUCAGUGCUGCACAGGCUGCCCUGAAGAAAGAGAAAGAGGCUUUGCAGAUAAGCGAGCGAGAGCGAAACAAACUGAGACUUGAGAACAACAGCCUUCAUAUAGAAUGCCAACAGGGGAAAACACUCAUCAAGAGUCUCACUCAAGUCAAGGUGGAAAAAACACUUCUGGAAGAAAAGGUCUCCCAGAUGGAGCGUGCCUAUAGCAGACUCCAGGGAGAGCUGCAGCGCUACAAAGACAGUAAGCAGACCCAAGAUGAGAUGAAGGAAAACAUGCUACACGUCAGCCAGCUGCAGCAACAAGCUGACCGGCUUACUGCUGAACUUACCAGCCUCCAGACAGCACACAACAGCCUGAGAGAUGAGAUGGCUUCAGAGCGGAUGCAGACUGCAGAGCUACAGGCCAGGCUAAGCUCUAGUGUUCACGAGAAACUAGCAGCAGAGGGCAAACAGGAGAGAUUGGAGCUGGAGAUCCAGCGCCUUGUUAAGCAGCUUCAGUGGCAUCAAGACCAACUAUCCACUACGAAGGAAGUGCUUGGCAGCAGCCAGAAGCCUGAACUGCACAUAGUUCAUUUUGAACCUAGAGUCAGUCCAGUGGAAAAAAGCAGAGAAGAGUGCUUGGCUCAGGAGCUGAGUGAUCUACAGAAUAAGCUGGAGAAGGAGCGGCAGCAGGGACUUGAGCACAAAAUGGCCCUCGAGGCACAGGUGAAUGAAGCCCAGGCACAUAUUAAGUCCCAAGAUUCUGUGCUGAAGCAGAAGACAGAAGAAGCUAAACAAAUGAAGCAAGACCUGCAGAGGGCCCAGAGCCUGUUUACCUCAGCGGAGAAAGAGUUACGCUAUGAGAAGGAGAAGAACUUGGACCUGAAGAGACACAACACGCUGCUGGACCAGGAAAAACUCAAGCUUAGUGCAGAACUGAAGCAGGUCCAGACAAAGCUGGUACAGAUGGAGCAGAAAGUCACCGGUCAGGCGGCUGAGUGUGAACAUCAGCAGCAGAAAAUCAGGCAAUUGGAGCUGGGACUGGCUCGUAGCUCCGCCAACCGCAGUGCCACUACUAGUCUGCAGGGGGACCUCCAGGCUGAGAGGGCACGACUCAUCGCUGCUGACAAGAAGGUCCUGGAACUACAACAGCAGCUUAAGUCUGUCCAGCACCAGCUGCGUGUGGAGGAAGCUCGCGCAGGCGAGACCAACCGCUUGGAGAGGGAAAGCAGGGAUCUGUCUGACGCCUUGUCAGCUCUGAGAGCCCAGCAACAGGAAGAGCACAUCACCAGGAAGCUGUUAGAACAGCGCGAGGAGGAGCUGCAGCAGCAGGUUCGCUCCUUGAGGCAUAAGGAGGCCUCAUUGACCAGGACAAAUGCAGAGCUCAGCCACCGUGUCCAGCAGCUGGACACCCGUCUAUCCGUCCUGGAGGCUGAGCUUAGCAAUGCUAGAGAGGAGGCAAAGGACAGCCAGGCGUCACGUCAAAAGCUGCAGGAGGAGCUGUUGGCCAGUCAGCAGGAUUGUAAAGGACUGCAGGAUGAGCUGCAGCAGGUUCUCCUCCAACUCGACGUGCAUGUCAGAAAGUACAAUGAAAAACAGAGUCAACACAAGACCAAACUGCGUCAGGCCAAGCAGGUGUUUCUAAAGGCAACCGAACAGAGAGACAGCACCAUCCAGAAACUAGAGAAUGAUCUCGAGCUUGCUUCCAUGCUUUCUCAGAAGGACAAAGAGAGGAUCCAGUUAGUGAUGGAGGUCAAUGAGAAGCUUUUGGAGGAGAAGAGGGAACUGGUGCAGAAGAUAAUUGAGGCCGAGGAGAUGGGCAGCAAGGCCAUGAAGACCGCCUCAACAGUCCAAUAUAGGGUUAACCUCUUAGAAGUGGAAAACAAACAACUGCAGGACGAAACCUUGAAACUCUCCAAUCAAGUCAGUUCUUUAGAGCGUGCUCUGAGGAAUGUCCAGUCACUCUACAGCAUGGAGAAUGCCAGAAAAAUGCUUCCCACUGAUGCUCUCACUGACAGCAUCCUACAUACAUCUGCACUAAGUUUGACGUCAGGUUCUGGUAACAAACUGGACGUCCUGGAUGCAAUCUGUCGGGUGAAGGUGGACGAUGGUGUGCUGGCGGAUGGCACCCGGACACCUUUCACCACACACCAACCUUCAGAGCAGGGAUACCUGAAUCUCACUUCCCCAUUGAUUCCUCCAGCCUCUGCCAAAGGGGCGGAGGAGAGCUCUAAAAGCAGUGACCAGGUAUAAGAAAUGGUACGAUGUCUGCCUUCAUCUGCAGGGAAAAAUCUGUGUAGAAGUAAUGAAUUUAUAUUAUAUAUAGAAUUCAAAUUAUCCUUGUUAAAAGAGUAAUAAUGAAAGGGAGUUUCCACUACAUUUCUGCUCAGGAUGGUGUCUACGUUGUAUGUGUUAGCAGGUUCUUCUCUUGCUGGGAGGUACAUAUAUAUAUUUCAAACCAGAUUUUGGACAAGGGAAAAUUUUGGGGGUUUGUAAAAAAACAAAAAAUGCCUGUGCUAGUGUCAAUACGAUAUUUUUAUUACAUAUUUUCAAGGGGGCAUUAUCUAACAGGAGAUUUGACUUGGUAGCUGAAGAAGUGAAACGAUUCUGUAAAACACUCUAAGCCGUGCAUAGACAGCAGUUCGUUAUUUGCACCAGCGCACCAAAUCAAAUCGGCGAUUAAAAGCCUCGUGUUGGCUCACGGGAAAGAUUGUUUUAGUGUAAAUACUUAAAAUCACAUUAGUGCUUUUCACGCUAAUGCAGUGAAUGACUCUUCAUGAGGAAUAUUUGAAUGGUACUAGUUUAAACUGAGCACUUUAUAAGACAUUUAACUCGUGUUUACAUUUGGGGAAAGUGUAAUGCUGUAGUGGGAUAUUAAAGGUAUGCAUAUUUCCCCAAUUAAAUUUAACCUUGGCAGUGUUCUGAUGCCGGUGAGUGCGAGCGUGUGCUGGUGGAUGGUGCCCGGACACUUUUCUCCACACACCAACCAUCAGAGCAGGGAUACCCGAGUCUCUCUUCCACAUUGAUUCCUCUAGUCUCUGCCAAAGGCACAGAGGUGAUAGUAAUGAUUUAAUGUGUCAAAGACAUUUUUAAAAGAAUAAGCAUUUUUACAAAUGUAAAAAAAAUCGUACUGAUUUCAUAUCAACCAUAAAGACAGACUCAAGAUAGACAAGUUGGACUCAAUUUUUCGUUUAAUAAGAGAUUGCCAUACACUGAAAGUAAAUACUGGACUCUGUUCAGAGAUGAGUACUAGCUACAAUCAGUGCUUUAUUUACUAUUUAUAGUUUUCUUUUAGUCUGCAAAGUCACACAAUUCCAGGCAUUUUUUUCCUCUUUUUUAAACUUUUUUUUCUGUUCUCCAAGGACCCGCUGUUUGAGGUAUUUGUGCUUUAGUCACAAAGACGAUCAGCAGUAAGACUUUAGUCAUUUGCAAAUGGCAUUAAAUACAGGUUUUGUAUCCACCGUUAUACAGUGUCUUUGGUUUUGUCCUCAACGUGCCUGAAAUGACGAAGUGUGAAUACAUCUGAUAACAAAAACGACAUGGAAACAAUGAGAUGUAGUCAAUAAGAAACUUUCACUUCUUUUGUAUUUGUACAAAUGCAUUUUUAAACAAAGCUAUUUUCAUAAAUAAAGACUAAUAAAUAAACAA